CUCGUGCGAGUCGGACGGCUGAUAGUAUCUUUUGUUAACAAUUUUGUUUGUUGUCUUUGUUGUCGUUUUUGGUGAAAUUGCUUAUUUUUUGUUUUUUUGUCGCUGUUUAUUGUUUAACAGCAGGCCUAAUUGCAAGCACAUAUAUCUAUCUAAUUAUACAGAUAUAGUUAUAUAUAGUAUUUGCUGCAUUUGCCGCCAUUGUGUGUGUUCGUUUGUUCAUUCAGUCCUCGUGCUCCCUGCUCGCUGCUGGCCGAUAGCCCGCUGCAGUCUUCCCCCCCAGUAUUGGUUCUUAAACAAUUUAAGCCAAUUUAAGCUCAGUUCGACACCCAAGACCCUCUUGACCAGAGCUGCUGCUAAAGUUGAAAAAAAAAAAACAAAAAAAAAAAAAAAAAUAAAAUAAAAGAGAAGGAAGAAUUUCAUUGAACUCGAGUCGAGUGGCGCAUUGUGCGCAGCUAACAAACGCCGGCCAUCAGGACAGUCAGCCAACCAGACAACCAGACAACCAGCCAGACAGGCAGACAGCCAGACAGAAAAACAGACAGACAGGCAGGGCAGCAAUAGCCAUAGCCAUAGCCACAGCCAACAACCAACAACCUACAGCAUCCAGAGCAGAGCAGAGUAGAGGAGAGGAGAGCAUUCAGCCCUUCCUUCCUUACACACAGGCCCAGACCCAGACGGACACUUGAGUUGCAGUCGCAGUCGCAGUUGCCCGAAGAGCAGUCCAGAGAAGCGGUUAAGUGGCGAAGCAGAGAAGCGGAGAAGCACAGAAACAGAAAAGGAGAACAGCUCGCAAGCAUGUCUGACGGCAUUGAAGUUGAACAAAUCGUCGAGAGCAAGCCCAGAAGGAUGCCUCUGGCCACUUCGCUGGACAAGGAGGCCAUACGCGAGGCCUAUGAGGACGUGCGCUCUGAUCUCACAGAUACCGAGUGGGCGGUCUUUAAGUUCGACGGCCCCCGCAUCAUUUGCCAUGGGCGUGGCCAGUGCUUCGAGGAGUUUCGCCAACAAUUCGGCGAUGAGGAGCGCGCCUUCGGCUACAUACGCAUACAAAUGGGCGAUGAGAUGUCCAAGCGCAAGAAAUUCAUCUUCCUGACGUGGAUUGGCCAGGAGGUGGGCGUCAUACAGCGUGCCAAAAUGUCCACAGACAAGGCCCUCAUCAAGGACGUGCUAAAUAACUUUGCCGUGGAGCUACAGGCGGGCGUCGACACCGAACUGGACAUCGAGCUGUUCCGUGAGGCGCUGAACCGUGCCGGUGGGGCCAACUAUGGCACAGGCAUUCGCGAGGAGAACUGAGCGGGACACCCUUUAAUUUUUUGCACACACAUUUUCAAUUGCUGACGACUUAAUUGCUGCUCCUUUUACUUAAUUUUAUAUCGAUUAUUUACUGUACAUUUAUAUAACUAAUAUGUAAUAAUAAAUAUUACACAUUAAACCCUAGA